UGAAAACUGACAUUCUGAAUUAUCUUAGAAUAAAAAUGGAGAAUUUGUUUCCACAAGUUGAAAAUGAAGAGACAUGUUCAUCACAUUCACAUCGAUGCAUAUGGGUAAAUGGUCCUAUAAUAAUAGGGGCAGGACCUUCAGGAUUAGCAACAGCAUCAUGUCUGAAACAACAAAAUGUACCAUUCAUUCUCCUUGAAAGAUCAAAUUGCAUAGCAUCACUAUGGCAAAACAGAACCUAUGACAGAUUAAAACUUCACCUCCCAAAACAAUUUUGUCAAUUACCAAACUUUCCAUUCCCACAACACUUUCCUCAAUACCCAACAAAGAAACAGUUCAUAAACUACCUUGAAUCAUACGCUAAGCGAUUCGAAAUCAACCCGAGAUUCAACGAGUGUGUUAAAUCAGCUAGAUAUGAUGAAACAAGUGGAUUGUGGAGAGUUAAGAGUUGUGUUUUGAAUGAAAAUGAAGUUGAGUAUAUUUGUAGGUGGCUUGUGGUUGCUACUGGUGAGAAUGCAGAGUGUGUUGUUCCUGAUAUUGAAGGUUUCAGUGAAUUCAAUGGUGAAAUUUUACAUGCUUGUGAUUAUAAAUCAGGGGAAGCUUUUAGAGGGAAGAAAGUUUUGGUUGUUGGUUGUGGUAAUUCUGGAAUGGAACUCUCACUUGAUCUUUCUAAUCAUAAUGCUUCACCUUCUAUUGUUCUUCGUAGCUCUGUUCAUGUGUUGCCUAGAGAAGUGUUUGGGAAAUCAACAUUUGAAAUGGCAGUUAUGAUGAUGAAAUGGUUACCAAUAUGGGUAGUUGACAAGAUAUUGUUGAUGUUGGCAUGGUUAGUGUUUGGAAACAUAGAGAAAUAUGGACUUAAAAGGCCAUUGGAGGGUCCAUUGGAGAUGAAGAACAAAAAGGGUAAGACACCUGUUUUGGAUAUUGGAACUUUGGACAAAAUUAGAUCUGGUCAUAUCAAAGUAGUGCCAGGAAUUAAGAGGUUCACCAAUGCUUCUGUUGAACUUAUUAAUGGUCAAUUCACUCAUGUUGAUGCUGUUAUUCUUGCUACUGGAUAUCGUAGCAAUGUCCCUUCUUGGCUUCAGGAAGGUGAAUUUUUCUCAAAAGAUGGAUUUCCAAAGUCACCAUUUCCAAAUGGUUGGAAAGGAAAUGUUGGACUUUAUGCUGUUGGAUUUACAAGGAGAGGCCUCUCUGGUUCUUCAUAUGAUGCUAUCAAAAUUGCUCAAGAUAUUGCUCUAGUUUGGAAACAAGAAACUAACCAAAAGAAACAACACAUCACUGCUUGCCAUAGACGUUGCAUUUCACAAUUCUAGUGUUGUUUCUUCUGUAUAUAAUAAAUAAAUAACAAUAUCUUUGUAAAAAUACACAGAACAAAAUAUACUAGAUAGCAUAUAGAUAGAGCCAGCCCUCUCCAUAGGCCCAAGUUUUUGAUUUUGUUCUUGUUUUUGGGCCUUUCUUUUCAAGACCAAGGAUGAUGAGGCUUUCUUUACUUCAAUCUUUUUUUUAGGUAAUUAUACAUGUAAUAACACACUUCAUUAAUAAAGUUAAUUUACAAAGUUUCAA